CGUCUCGUUAUUUGCUGAGAAAAAGAUGGGUCUCACUUAAUAUUGCAAUUGUGAUGUUCACUGAAAAAUAUGCGUGUAAAACAUCAGAGUUAAGGGCUUCCGUAUUGUCUCAGGCUCCACUGGAAAUGCAGCAAGGAUUCCUAGCACAUCCCAGUUGCCAUAGCAACAGCAGUCUUUCCCAUAAUGAGCUGCAUCAUCUGAACUGAUGUCACAGCAUCAUGCAGCAGGUCAAACAAGGCAUCUUCUAGUAUUGCAUCCUACAGAUGUGCUGUAAACAUCAAAAGAAGAUGGUGGGAGCAGGAGAUGCUGUUUUGGAAAGAAGUAAGGUUUAGACUUCUUCAUGUUAACCAUGAGUGUGACACUUUCCCCCCUGAGGUCACAGGAUCUGGAUCCCAUGGCUACUGAUGCUUCACCCAUGGCCAUCAACGUGAUGCCUACUGUGGAGCAGGGUGAGGGGGAAGAGGCAAUGAAGGACACAGACUCUGACCAACAGUAUGAAAAGCCACCUCCACUGCACACAGGGGCUGACUGGAAGAUUGUCCUCCACUUACCUGAAAUUGAGACCUGGCUCCGGAUGACCUCAGAAAGGGUCCGGGACCUAACCUACUCAGUCCAGCAGGACUCGGACAGCAAGCAUGUGGAUGUACAUCUAGUUCAACUAAAGGACAUUUGUGAAGAUAUUUCUGAUCAUGUGGAGCAAAUCCACGCCCUCCUGGAGACGGAGUUCUCUCUGAAGCUGCUGUCUUACUCUGUCAACGUGAUCGUGGACAUCCACGCCGUGCAGCUCCUCUGGCACCAGCUUCGCGUCUCGGUGCUGGUCCUGCGGGAGCGCAUUCUGCAAGGUCUGCAGGACGCCAAUGGCAACUACACCAGGCAGACGGACAUCCUGCAAGCUUUCUCUGAGGAGACAACUGAGGGCCGGCUUGAUUCUCUCACAGAAGUGGAUGACUCAGGACAGUUAACUAUCAAGUGUUCUCAGAAUUACUUGUCUUUGGAUUGUGGCAUCACUGCAUUCGAACUGUCUGACUACAGUCCAAGUGAGGAUUUGCUCAGUGGCCUGGGUGACAUGACCUCUAGCCAAGUCAAAACCAAACCCUUUGACUCUUGGAGCUACAGCGAGAUGGAAAAGGAGUUUCCCGAGCUUAUCCGAAGUGUUGGGUUACUUACAGUGGCUGCUGACCCCAUCCCUUCCAGCUGCAGUGAAGCAGUUAGUGAAGAGGCAUCUCAAGUAUCUCUUUCAGCAGAUGACAAAGAUAGAUAUAAGGACAGUGGUGCUUCUGCAGUGGAAGAGCAACCAGGCAUGGCACUGGAGAUGUCAUCUUCAGGGGAAGCUCUAGCAGAUACUGUUCAGCCCUCUUCUGAGACUGGGAAGCAAGACUCCAGUUCCUCUUCCCAUCUUGGUGCAAAGAACCAACAGCCUCUUCCUUGUGAAAACGCAACCCCCAAGCGAUCCAUCAGAGAUUGCUUUAAUUAUAACGAGGACUCUCCUACACAACCCACGUUGCCAAAGAGAGGGCUUUUUCUUAAAGAGGAAACUUUUAAGAAUGAUGUGAAAGGUAGUGAUGGAGGGGAAAAGGUGGUUGAUCUGAAGCCUGAGAUGAGCAGAAGCACCCCUUCCCUGGUGGAUCCUCCUGACAGGUCCAAGCUCUGCCUGGUAUUACAGUCUUCCUACACCAACGGCUCCUCUGCUGCCAGCCAGUCAUAUGAGUGUUUGCACAAGGUAGGCGAUGGGAACCUUGAAAAUACAGUCAGAAUUCACAUUAAAGAAAUCUCUUCCAGCCUGGGAAGGCUUAAUGACUGCCACAAAGAGAAAAUGCGACUUAAAAAGCCACAGAAAACCUCAGAGGAGGUGCCUCUAUGCAGAACACCCAAACAUGGAACUGGCUCCGGCAAGCAAGCUGAAAACACGAGGAAUUCAGGACUGCCAAAUGGAACGCCUUCUUGCACUUCCAAGGCCAUAGAAGGGUCAGAGGCAAAUUCUCCUUCUUCAUCUUCACUCGAGCCUUGCAAUCAGAGAAGUUGGAAAGCCAAAUUGCUAGCACAGUCAGAAACGUCGAGUUCACCACCUUGUACUCAGAGCAGCGAAUCUUCUACUGGCUCAGACAACAUCAUGUCUCCAGUACCCCUUCUUUCAAAACCCAAAAGCAAAAAAGGUCGCUCUUCCUCCCCAAGUCAUGUCACCAGGAAUGGUCAGGUUGUGGAGGCCUGGUAUGGCUCCGAUGAGUACUUAGCUCUACCCUCUCACCUUAAGCAGACAGAAGUGUUAGCUCUGAAGUUGGAAAACCUUACAAAGCUUCUGCCUCAGAAACCCAGAGGAGAAACUAUUCAGAAUAUUGAUGACUGGGAACUGUCUGAAAUGAAUUCAGAUUCUGAGAUUUAUCCAACAUAUCAUGUCAAGAAAAAACAUACAAGAUUAGGCAGGGUGUCUCCAAGCUCAUCCAGUGACAUAGCCUCUUCGCUUGGGGAGAGCAUUGAGUCUGGACCCCUGAGUGACAUUCUUUCUGAUGAGGAAUCAUGUAUGCCUCCCUCCGGCAUGAAAAAAUACACUGAUGAAAAAUCAGAAAGAGCUUCAUCUUCUGAGAAAAAUGAUAGCCAUUCCACUACUAAAUCAGCUUUAAUUCAGAAAUUGAUGCAAGAUAUUCAACACCAGGAGAACUAUGAAGCCAUUUGGGAAAAAAUAGAGGGAUUUGUAAACAAGCUGGAUGAAUUCAUUCAAUGGUUAAAUGAAGCCAUGGAAACUACUGAGAACUGGACUCCUCCUAGAGCAGAGAUGGAUGGCCUUAAACUGUACCUGGAGACACACUUGAGUUUUAAGUUGAAUGUGGACAGUCACUGUGCUCUCAAGGAAGCUGUGGAGGAGGAAGGACACCAACUUCUUGAGCUUAUUGCGUCUCACAAAGCAGAAGGGCUGAAGGACAUGCUGCAGAUGAUUGCAAGUCAAUGGAAGGAGCUGCAGAGGCAAAUCAAACGGCAACACAGCUGGAUUCUCAGGGCUCUGGACACCAUCAAAGCCGAGAUCCUGGCUACUGAUGUGUCUGUGGAGGAUGAGGAAGGGACUGGAAGCCCCAAGGCCGAGGUUCAGCUGUGCUACCUGGAAGCACAGAGAGACGCUGUUGAGCAGAUGUCGCUCAAGCUGUACAGCGAGCAGUACGCCAGCAGCAGCAAGAGGAAGGAGGAGUUCGCCGACAUGUCCAAAGUUCACUCAGUGGGAAGCAAUGGGCUUCUGGACUUUGAUUCAGAAUAUCAGGAGCUCUGGGAUUGGCUGAUUGACAUGGAGUCCCUCGUGAUGAACAGCCAUGACCUGAUGAUGUCAGAGGAGCGGCAGCAGCAUCUUUACAAGCGAUACAAUGUGGAAAUGUCCAUCAGACACCUGAAAAAGACAGAGCUGCUUAGUAAGGUUGAAGCUUUGAAGAAAGGUGGCGUUUUACUACCAAAUGAUCUCCUUGAAAAAGUGGAUUCAAUUAAUGAAAAAUGGGAACUGCUUGGGAAAACCCUUGGAGAGAAGAUCCAGGAUGCAAUGGCAGGGCACAGUGGGUCGGGUCCACGUGACCUGCUCUCUCCUGAAAGCGGAAGCCUGGUAAGGCAGCUGGAGGUCAGGAUCAAAGAACUGAAAGGGUGGCUAAGAGAUACAGAGCUUUUCAUCUUCAAUUCCUGUCUGAGGCAAGAAAAGGAAGGAACAAUGAAUGCUGAGAAACAACUGCAAUACUUUAAGUCCCUCUGUCGUGAAAUCAAGCAGCGACGCCGAGGAGUGGCUUCCAUCCUGCGAUUAUGCCAACAUCUUCUGGACGACAGGGACACCUGCAAUCUGAAUGCAGACCACCAGCCCAUGCAGCUGAUCAUCGUGAAUCUCGAGAGAAGGUGGGAAGCCAUUGUCAUGCAAGCCGUCCAGUGGCAGACGCGGCUACAGAAGAAGAUGGGAAAGGAAUCUGAGACUUUGAAUGUGAUUGAUCCUGGCUUGAUGGACCUAAAUGGGAUGAGUGAGGAUGCUCUGGAAUGGGAUGAAACAGACAUAAGUAACAAGUUAAUUAGUUUGAAUGAAGAAUCAAAUGACCUUGAUCAAGAGCCCCAACCUGUCAUGCCUUCCUUGAAACUUGACGAGACAAGUAGUGAGGAUCCUGGUUAUGAAGAGGAGGCAGGUGACCACAGAGGACCGCGGUAUGCCUCAAAUAUUACUGCCCCAUCCAGUCCACACAUUUACCAAGUGUACAGCCUCCACAAUGUUGAACUCUAUGAGGACAACCAUAUGCCAUUUCUGAAAAACAAUCCAAAGUUCACUGGCAUGACACAGCCUAAUGUUUUAACUAAGAGUCUCAGUAAAGACUCUUCAUUUUCAUCUACCAAAUCUCUGCCAGAUCUCCUAGGGGGUUCCAAUUCCGCGAAGCCCUCCCCAUGCCAUGGAGGAGACAUGAGCCAGAAUUCAGGCAGUGAGAGUGGAAUUGUCAGUGAAGGAGACACAGAAACCACUACCAACUCUGAAAUGUGCUUGCUCAAUGCGGUGGAUGGGUCCCCAGGUAACCCUGAAACUGAACAUCUGGACCCACAAAUAGGAGAUGCAGUUAACGUGUUAAAGGAAAAAUUUAAAGAUGAGGAAGAAGGCAUUAAGCUUCCGAAUAGCUCUCAGUCAUCUAUUUCACUAGUGGGUUCUAUAAACGGAAAAGUUGGAGAUUUAAACAGUGUUACCAAACAUACCCCUGAUUGUUUGGGAGAAGAAUUACAAGGAAAACAUGAUGUGUUUACAUUUUAUGAUUACUCAUACCCCCAAGGCUCAAAACUCAAAUUACCAAUGAUAAUGAAACAGUCACAAAGUGAAAAGGCACAUGUGGAAGACCCCCUGCUUCGCAGUUUUUAUUUUGAUAAAAAAUCCUGCAAAUCCAAACAUCAGGCUACAGAGUUACAACCAGAUGCACCUCCCCGUGAAAGGAUUUUGGCAAGUGCAUCCCAUGAAAUGGAUCGCAUUUCUUAUAAGAGCGGUGAUAGAGAAAAGGCCUUCACCGGCAUGCAGAACGCCAAGCAGCUCUCCCUUCUAUCUCAUAGUUCGUCUAUUGAGUCCCUUUCUCCUGGGGGUGAUUUAUUUGGAUUGGGCAUCUUUAAAAAUGGCAGUGACAGCCUCCAGCGAAGCACUUCUUUAGAAAGUUGGUUGACAUCCUAUAAAAGCAAUGAAGAUCUUUUUAGCUGUCACAGCUCAGGAGAUAUAAGCGUGAGCAGUGGCUCAGUUGGCGAAUUGAGUAAAAGAACAUUAGAUCUACUGAAUCGUCUGGAGAAUAUCCAGAGCCCCUCGGAGCAAAAGAUAAAGCGGAGUGUUUCUGAUAUCACUCUCCAAAGCAGUUCGCAAAAGAUGUCCUUUACCGGCCAGAUGUCACUGGACAUAGCAUCUUCUAUCAAUGAAGACUCAGCAGCCUCUCUUACAGAACUCAGCAGCAGUGAUGAGCUCUCUCUGUGCUCAGAGGAUAUUGUGUUACAUAAGAACAAGGUCCCAGAAUCGAACACAUCAUUCAGGAAGCACCUGACUCGUUCAGUGGCUGAUGAAAGUGAUGUCAAUGUCAGCAUGAUUGUUAAUGUCUCUUGUACCUCUGCUUGCACAGAUGAUGAAGAUGACAGCGACCUCCUCUCCAGUUCUACGCUCACCUUGACUGAAGAAGAGUUAUGCAUCAAAGAUAAGGAUGACGACUCCAGUAUUGCAACAGAUGAUGAAAUUUAUGAAGACUGCAACUUGAUGUCAGGGCUGGACUAUAUAAAGAAUGAAUUGCAGACUUGGAUUAGGCCAAAAUUGUCUUUGACAAGAGAUAAGAAAAGGUGCAAUCUCAGUGAAGAGAUAAAGGGCAGUAAAGAUUUAAAUAGUGGUGAGGUGACCAAUCCCUCUGAAACCCUGAACAUUGAGGCCCUUCUAAAUGGCUCCAUAAAACGUCUCUCUGAAAAUAAUGGAAAUGGUAAGAAUCUAUCCCAUACCCGUGAAGUUGAGACAAAGGGUGAAAAUAAGAAAAAUAUUUUCAAAGUUAAUAAAGAUCCAUAUAUGGCUGACAUGGAAAAUGGCAAUAUUGAAAGUAUUCCAGAAAAGCAAAAGGACAAACCGAAUGUCCCAAAUCCUGGUUCAAAUGGAAGAAAGAUUUCAGAGGGUGAGCAUUGUAAGUGUAUGGCCUUUGUGGAUAGUUCAGAUGAUUCAAAUACUGCUAAAAAGGAAUUGGUUUCCCAAACUGUUAGCCAUGUUCCAAAGAAAUGUCCAAAUUACCACCAUUUUGAAAAUCAAAGCACUACUUCUACUGCCACCGAGAAAUCUUGCCCAGAACUGACUUUAGAUACCACGGUUAACAACAGAAAAGACUGUGAAGUACUGAAAUCUUCAACCGAUGAUGCACCAAGAGUGACAAGAAAAUCUGCUGGUUGCUGCCUCGCGCCUGAGCAAAACGAAACAGAGGAAAAUGCUUCCAUCAGUGACGUUUCCUGUUGCAACUGUGAGCCAGAUGUUUUCCAUCAAAAAGAUGCUGAAGAUUGUUCAGUACACAACUUUGUUAAGGAAAUCAUUGACAUGGCUUCAACAGCCCUAAAAAGUAAAUCUCAACCUGAAACAGAGGUGGCUGCUCCUACUUCAUUAACUCAGAUCAAGGAGAAAGUGUUGGAGCAUUCCCACCGGCCCCUCCAGCUGAGGAAAGGAGACUUUUAUUCCUACUUGUCUCUCUCAUCUCAUGACAGUGAUUGUGGGGAGGUCACCAAUUACAUAGAGGAGAAAAGCAACACUCCAUUGCCACAAGAUACUACCGACUCUGGAUUAGAUGACAGGGAGGACAUCGAGUGCUUCUUUGAGGCCUGUGUUGAGGAUAACUCUGAUGGAGAGGAAGCUUGUUUCUCUAGCACUCCUCUAAACGAAUCUGCUGUUCCCGAUGAAGCUGCAGUGCCACCACCAGCAACAGCAAGUUCUCCUAAGUGCAGCGACACUUCUCUCGUAGCUGGUGAUACAGACCUGGUGGCUCUUUCAGCUCCUCCCCUUCAGAAAGGAGCUGAUGUCGGAAACGAAGUAGAUGAUUUACCCCAAACAUCCAUUGCCUAUAAAGAAAACUCAGAGUUCACUCCUUCAAGGCUGGGCAGUGAAAAGGAGAGUUCUGGAAAACAAGGUGAAUCUGGAUUGCCAGAAGAACAUAAUUCUGCUUCAGCCAAGUCUGAAGCUCAAGUCCUCUCCUUGAAAGCAAAUCAGCCAAAAGACAAGGCUGUAUUACAUCCUAACCCCAAAACUUUAACCUGUGAAGAAAACCUUCUAAACCUUCAUGAAGAACGACAUAGAAAUAUGCAUAGGUAGAAUGUAACCCUCUCCCAAGCAUGAAAAUCAUCUCAUCGAAAGAUAGGCCUGGCUGCAACUCAGGGUGGUCUCAUCUUCCCGCCCUGGGCUGGUCUCUGGUUCCAUCCUGUUAUCACUGCCGGUUGUUUCAUUGACUCCUCCCAAGAUGAAUCUUCCAAAUGCCAUUUCUCCACAUGAACCUUGUGAUCUGGAUGUGUGCACUGGUUCUCUUUAGGUGAUCGUCCUUGAAGUUCAGCAAAGCUGCUUAUCCUCCCAUGGAUUCCUGUCCCAAGCUACCUCUACCAACCCUCCCUCUCCAACCAGAUUUUUGUUUGCUUCCUCCCUUCCUGGUCAGCUCUUUAAAGUUCUGCAGUCCACCAACCGAUGGUCCAUUACAUUUCCCUGUCUGGAAUGACCCCCUGCCAGUACUUGACCAAUUUCAUGUUUCAAUCUGGACUUUUUUUAUGGUAUGAUGCCUAUGUUUAUUGAAAGAGUUUUACCUAAAAAGCCAACACUUGAUUUGAUUGCAGCAUAGUGUAAAAACACUGGUCCUUCUUUUAAAAUUAAGCAACCUUUCUUAAUAAAAGCUCCAUUUUAUUUAUUUCCUUUAAAAAAUAAUCUAUGCAGCACUUCAAGAAACAACUGUAUGGUGUUGUAUAUUAUAAACUAGUGACAUUCUACUAUUAAAUUAUGUACAACAUUUUCAUUUUUUAUGCUUCUUGAGGUGGUAAUGAGAAAAAAGUUUUUUAAAAAAGUGUGCCUUGCUGUAUUUCUUAUACCAUUUAUUAAAAAGCUGCUUUCAUGGUAAAAUUAUGUUGGUUUGAAAAGAGGGAAUAGCAAGGUUAAGAUGUGUGAAUAAUUUCUGUAUAUAUGUAUAACCAAGUACAAACAUUGAUGUAUAAUGACAGUAUAAAAUGCUUUCAUGUUUGUGAUGUCUAGUGAUGUGGAAAAUAUAAGCCUUAAAUCCAUUAGAUUGCAUGGUAAUUAAAAUUGGCAUAAUAAACACAGAUUAUUUGGGGGAAAGGAAAAUUAGUGAUCUCUUCUACCUGUGUUCCUUACCAAAUUGUUGCAUCUGGGUCUGAAAAAAUAUAGCAUGUUGCAGCUGCCCAAAUAUCUAUAUUGCUUAAGCUUAAAAUUACUAAAACUAGAGAUUAGAUAUGAAGACUUUACAAUUUUUAAAAUCUUUUGAGUCACCAUAAAGAUCUCAGAAUAGCAAAUGAUUCAACACCAGUUCCCCUAGACUAAUAAAAAUUGAUAUUAGAUUUUUAAUUUCUGUUUAUUAAUGGUUUGCUGUUGGAUUUCAGGAUAUCUUAUAUGUCUUAAGUUAUUUUAAAUAAUUCUUUUGGAUGGGUUUGAUAAAAAUAUGGUAGAAAAGGGUAUAGGAUUUGACUAUUAUUUAUAGAAUUCAGGUAUAUUUAUUUUGUGUAAAAGAAAUUAGCAAAGAAAUAUUCCAUUUAGUCUUUACUGACUCUUGUUAAAAUGCUGUUUUAAAUUUAUAUCCCAACAUCUACUAAAGUGCCUGACAUACAGUAGGUAUUCAGUAUAAAUCCGCUGAAUUGAAGUAUUGAAUUAGGUAAUUAGGAUGACGUCUAUCCCUUCAUUUUGGAGACCCACACUAAAACAUGCACACAACUAAAGAAGCAUAGAAGGUAAUAUGCAAUCACACACAAUAUAGGAUCGUAUUUCAAAAAGGGCAAGAAUGUUACGGGUUCAUGUAGUCACAACAAUGACAAUCAAUCAUUGAACAGAUAGUUCAGAAACACUUUUUAUCUGCAAGGUACUAUUCUAGAUUCAGAGGACGCCAUGAUUAACAGAGAUGAAGGCCCUGCCCUUGGGAGGCUUACCUACAUUAGGGACAAGCGAACACACAAAUGACAUGCAGUUGUCCCAGAGGUGAAGACAAGACAGAACGUGGUGAAGGAGGCACAAAGGCAGGCACAGUGUUGGGAGACAAGGAGGAAGGUAAAGGGUUGGGAGACAAGGAGGAAGGUAAAGGGUUGGGAGACAGCAGAGAGUUUGAUGGCAGAAUGUCUGUGAAGCUUGAUUGCAGAAGUAAUAGGAGAAAAGGUAAAUUGGGAGGACUGUCUGAGGGAUCAUUUAAAAAGUUAAGUUGGAGCUUUUGUAUGUGACAUGGUAGGUAGUAAGGACACGUGAUAGAGUCUUUGUUUUGCACCUGUUUAUAUUUAUCAUUAGGACCACACCAAACCCUUAAAGAAUGUCUAUCUAUAAUGCUACCCCUUUAAUAACUAUUUGUAUUCUAAUCUUCUCUGUACUUAUUUCUAAAUGGAUGAAUCAUUCUAGGAUUUGUAUUAAUAAUAGGUAGUAAUUUGUUCAAAAGGGGGUUAAGGUAGACAUCUAGUUGCAGUGCUCAAAAGGAUUACAGGGGAAAGAGUUUAGAGAUAAUUGUCUAGUUAGGAGGCAGAUGGGGAAAAUAAGCUCGGUUUGCGAUGAUGACACAGUACACAGGGAUCGAGGCCAAGGAUACAGAGAAAGGACAAAUCCCACAGGCUCUGAAAUGCCCAAGAGCAUUCUAGACCUCUGUUAGGAUGUGGUAUUAUGUUACAUGCUGAGACCACCUACAUUUUUCCAGGGUAGUAACUAAUGUUUAGUUUACAUCUAUUGGUAAAACAUUCAAAGAACAAAUCGACAGUAAUGUUCUAUUUAUCAUUCUAUGCUCACAGAAGACCUUGAAGUAUUGAAAGUAUUUAUUAUCUGCUUAGUAUUAACACCAAAUUUAUAGAAUGACUUCCAGGUUUACUGAACAAUGCCUUUUCUGGUUGGAAGAGAUAGAAUAGCCUUUUUCUCUCAUCCUAUAUGUAGGUGCCACCUCCCCCAAAACUUAAAAAACCCUUAAAAAAUUCUGCUUACACACUUCCAGUAACAGUGGUUCAUUACCUGUUAAGGAAAACUGUUCCAGUGUUGGGCAGGUCUUUGUCAGAAAGUUCUUUCUUAAGUUGCUGAAAUCUGCAUAUUCCUGUCCCUUCCCCCCAACCCCCCAUAAUUCUGCUCCCUGGUCCUAAUUCUGUCUUAUGGAGCAGCUCAGAGUAUUUCUACUCCAUCUAUCUCAUGGCAACAAGAUGGUAAUUGAAGCCAGUUUCUCGCCCACUCCCCACCAUUAUUCGCUCAACCUCCCUUUCUGUGUCAUGAUUUUCAGAUCCAUUUCAACCUGACAGAAUGUUGACAGAAUUCUUGCAGUUGAAUAACUGUCUUCAUCUAAAUACUUGUAGAAAAGUAUCUGAACAUUUAAGUGCUAAGUUUUCUCUAAAAAUAUAUUCAAGAUAUAUGUUUAUUCUAUUAUUGUAAAUUUCAAUAAAUAAAUAAAUAAAUAAUCCA